AUGGAGCUGCACACGCUGGCUUCAACCAAUUUCGAUAUACCGUCUAUCGACACGAACCAAACUAUGCCACUUGGUAGGGCGUCAAUGGACGGGCUUCCCGUCUACCUCAGCGUCAAUGGUGUUAGAGAUGAGCUGGUUCGCAUUUCUCCUGCAAUGUCCGUCAACGAAGUUCGUGCGUUGAUGUGUGCCGCUGCUGGAAUGGACUUUACUCACGAUGUGGUCGCAAAACUUACCAAAACUGAUGGCACCCUAAUUGUCCUUGGACCUAGUAUACCACCAAAUACUUCUUCGACACCAUCUGGUCCAGCACACGUGAAUUAUGCUCCAGAAGUCGACAUUGUUUUGCAGAAAAUGCAAACUGCUGGAAAGAUGAUGAGUGAAAUGCAAAUAUUGAAGAAGGAAGUCGCAGAGUGCCGUGCUCAGCUCGAAGGCCGUGGCCCCAACAAUGUUUCAGAUCAGUUCACCCACCCUGCCACACGAAGAGUUAAUGAGCUGAGAUUGUCGCAUUUGGAAGCCAUACCUCCGCAAACAUAUAGCGCUGAAGUCAUGGAAGCACUCAAAAACCCAGGCUUUGACGUAUGGAAGUACAACAAGACUGAACUUAUUGGUCUAUUUGAAGUCAUGUACGAGGAGUUCAAGCUCUUUGACCGCUUCAAGAUUGAUCCCGUCGUGUUUCGCCGUUUCAUUGCUGGUGUCAGUGAAGGAUACAAUGACAAUCCCUUCCAUAACUUUAAGCACUGUUUCUGUGUGACUCAAAUGUGCUAUGCCAUCUUGCACGUCAGUGGUGUUCAUACCAAAUUAUCCAUUAUGGAGAAGCUGUGUCUGCUCACUGCUUGCAUCGGGCACGACUUGGAUCACCCAGGUUUCAACAAUGCGUACCAAAUCAAUGCUAAAACUGAGUUGGCUACUGUGUACAACGAUCAAUCACCUUUGGAAAAUCACCACUGUGCGGUUCUAUUCACUCUCUUGAAGCAGCCCGAAACCAACUUUUUGUCAAAACUGACUGAAGCUGAAUGGAAGGAAUUCCGAACACCUGUUGUACAAUGCAUUUUGGCUACGGAUAUGGCGAUUCACGGUCAAAUCAUGGCUAAAUUCAAGGGAUACACCGAAGCCUUCAACUAUGAUGAUCCAGCACAAAAGCUCUUGCUGCUUCAAAUGAUUGUCAAGUGCAGUGAUAUUUCCAACGAAGUGCGUCCCAAACAAGUCUCAGAACCUUGGGUUGACUGCUUACUCGAGGAAUUCUUCCACCAGUCUGACACUGAGAAAGAACAAGGAUUACCCACUGCCCCAUUCAUGGACAGGCAGAAGGUAACCAAGCCCGGGGCACAAGUCGGAUUCAUCGGCUUCGUCAUGAUCCCAUUAUACGAACUCGCCGCCAAAGUACUGCCUGCCAUUGAAGAACCCAUCAUUGGUCCAAUACGAAAAUCCCUGGACUAUUACAAGGCAAUGUCCAACCCAGAACCACCAAAAUCCUAA